AUGGCUCCUCCUGCUAUUCCCGCAGCAGACCUCAGCUCAUUCACCACUUACCUAAAAGGGUGCAGGCGAGUAAUUGCCUUACUAGGAGCCGGGAUCUCUGCAUCAUCAGGUCUUCCCACCUUUCGAGGAGCCGGUGGUCUAUGGCGAUCGUAUGACGCGACGGACCUCGCAACGCCCGAGGCGUUCGAUGCCAACCCAGACCUAGUAUGGCAGUUCUACAGCUAUCGAAGACACAUGGCCUUGAAAGCACAACCGAAUCGUGCACAUUAUGCUCUGGCUGAGCUUGCACGAAAGAACAAGGACUUCAUAACACUAAGCCAGAAUGUCGAUGAUAGAACGGGCGAAGAGGCUUCUCGAUCUAUUGCCAGUGCAUUAGGGAACAAUGAGGAUGAGGCUGAUGUAUCGGACGAGCGUGUUCCUCUUUCCGCAGUGCCUUAUGAAGAGCUUCCCCACUGCCCGGAAUGCAAAGAUGGGCUUCUACGUCCUGGGGUGGUGUGGUUCGGAGAGAGUCUACCAUCACAUACGAUUGAUUACGUGGACGAGUGGUUGAACAAAGGAAAGGUUGACUUGAUACUGGUAGUAGGUACAAGUUCGAGGGUGUAUCCCGCGGCAGGAUAUGUGGAUAAGGCUCGCAGUAAAGGGGCUAGAGUUGCAGUGGUAAAUAUGGACCGCAAUGAUGUUGGCUCUUCCGGAUUGAAACCUGGGGAUUGGUUUUUUGAGGGCGAUGCGGGUACUAUUGUUCCGGAAAUUUUGAAGGGAGUGAUAGGCGAUAUAUAA